AUGAAACCAGAUAUAAUAAAGAAAAGAAGACCACUACCAUCUGAUGAUGAAGAUGAAUAUAAUGAAGAAGAUGAAAUGUAUGAAGAUGAUAAUAAUAAUUAUGAAGAAGAUGAAGACGAUGAUGAUGAUGAUGAUGAAGAUGAUGAAGAUGAUGAUGAAAAUGAAGAAGAAUUAAUUAAACAACAAUUAUCAAAUGUAUCAUUUUCAUCAUUAUUAAAAUAUAAAAAGAAUGGACCAACAGAUAAAUUAAAUUUAAAUACAAUUACAAAAAAUCUACAACAACAGAAAUCAUUUAAAAAAGAAGAACAACAAGAAAAAGAGGAGAUGAAUUCAAAGAAUAAAUAUAAAAUAAAGAGAGAGAGUAGUGAUGCACCAGUGGAGAUGACAGCAAUGAAACCAGUAUCAAGAUUUAGACAAGUUGUUGUUAAUAAAACCAAAAUGAAUGUACGUGAUCCUAGAUUUGAUUCGUUAUCAGGUGGUAAAUAUAAUGAAGAUUUGUAUAGAAAAAGAUACGGUUUCCUUGACGAUGUAAUCAAGAGAGAUGUUGAAAGAAUGGAAUCAACAUGGAAGCAAAUGGAUGAUUGUCGUGAAAGAGAUCAACUAUAUAAAAAGAUUCAAUCUAAAAAGUCACAAUUAAAAACUCAACAAUUAAAAGACCAAAAGAGAGAAACAAAGAAUAAACUUUGGUCAAAUGAAAUUGAAUCUGUCAAAAAAGGUAAAACACCAUAUCACAUUUCAAAUAAAACUGUCAAACAAUUUGAACUUCAAGAGAAAUUCAAACAACUUAAAGCCUCCAAUAAAUUGGAUAAAUUCAUGGAAACUAAAAGAAAGAGAAUUUCAAGUAAAGAAAAAACUUUCUUACCACAAAGAAGAUCUUUUGAUCAAGAUGAAAAUUAA